GUCGUAAAAAACCAACAUGGCGGCUGCAAUGACAGGACGUGGUGUCUCUUUUAUUAGGAGUAUACCUUCGGUGUUACUCUCACGGUUACAGAUUCUAGGUGGUGGCUCCCAGCAGCUCUCAUGUCUCCACACCAGCGCAUCCCUGGAAUCUAAAACCUGGGAGAGGAGGAACCUGAAAGUGUAUCCACCUCAGCUGCCUGAUGAGCCUCGCAGACCAGCAGAGAUUCACCACAGUAGGAGGCAGAUUAAGUACAGCAAAGACAAAAUGUGGUAUUUGGCCAAAAUGAUCAGAGGGAUGAGCAUCGAUGAGGCCAUUGCACAGCUGGAGUUUAAUGACAAGAAAGGGGCAAAAAUAAUGAAAGAGGUCCUUCUUGAAGCUCAGGAGAUGGCAGUGAAGAAUCACAAUGUAGAGUACAAAUCCAACCUGUAUGUAGCUGAGUCGUAUUCCGGCAAAGGCAAGUACCUGAAACGGAUCCGUUACCACGGCAGGGGUAUGUUUGGCAUAAUGGACAAAGUUUAUUGUCACUACUUCGUCAAGCUGGUGGAGGGCGCACCACCCAAAAUUGAGAAGACGACGAGCUUUGACCAGGCCAAAGAGUACGUCCAGUCCCUGAAGAACCGAACCAUCAUCCACAGUCUGUAGAGCAGACAUCUGACACCAUUUCAAUCUCACUGUAACCAUUUUUAUGUGUAUGUAUCAUUUUUUUCUGUAAAUAAAUACAUGAGAGAAUU